AUGCCAUUCGAUAAGGGUAAAAAAAGGAAAUUAAUUGAUACCUGCGGACACGAAAGAUGUUAUUCAUGCAUGUUUCGUAAUGAGAUCUGUCCUUUGUGUACAUCCGAUGGUUUGCAACCGUCAAAACGAGCUUUAGGUUCAAUCGUGUCCGAAGAAUUUUGGGAAAAAGAAAUAAUAGACGAAAGGAAUAAUGAUGAUAAAAUAAUAAUGAUAACGCCACAGAAAAAAAAUAAAACGAAAAUAACUGGACAUUUACCUUAUUUUGGAAUGACAAAACAAAAUAAUGGUUCGGAUUGUUCUCAAUCUUCUCGUCGAUUGCCAUCACCGUCGAGACUUCCUAAAAUAAAACCACCGGCGGCGUUACACGUUCAACGCACUGGAAACGACGAGAACAAUUUGGAAAAUAAAUUAACCGGAAGUUGUCCCCCCACUCCACCGCAAAUGUCGCAAUCGAGAAGAAAAUUUUUUGUCAGUCCGAAAUCCCGUCUUCGAUCUCCCUGGGGAUUAAUAAAAUCGAAUAACGGACAAACGGAAAACACCGACAGCCCUCUCACUAUGUCCGAAAUAAUUACGAUAACGUCAUCAUCAUCGACGUCGACGUCAUCCUCAUCGUCAUCAACCACUGCAACAACCGGAAAUAGAAGAUGGUCAAGUUUCGUAAUUGGAAAACUUAAAUCGUUGUGGUGGUUGAAAGGAAAUUUAGGAGGAUUAAAUCAUGACGAAGGAUGUGCCAUCAGACCAGUUCAAAAAUCAUCUCAAAACGAUUUAUAUACGAGAUUGGGUCUACUAUUGGGUGAUGGCUCCCGACGAUCUUCGAAAUCGAAUUUAUCGCAAUCCAAAAAUCGAAUAUUAUCGCAUCGAGGUUCUUCUCACAUGAGCAAUGACAACAACUCUUCUUAUUCAUCUUUAAUCAGUCUGGACCAACACCAACACCACCACCACCACGAUCACCACCAUCAACACCACCGACCUUUAUCUAAUAACACGAGUCCAGUUUCCACUCUCACAGGAUCGUCAGAAGCUGAUGUUUUGAGCCAUGCAAGGAAUUCAAAAGACACAUCGACCGGAAGCAUGGGUUCGCUUAUGUCAAUAUCGAUAUCCGGUCAAAGCAAUGCAUCAUCUAGUCCAAUUAGCAGAAGACAUUCUGUAACAACCGCACAACCUGGUCAGGUGGAAGAAUUGAACGUGUUCAAAAAUAGGAAAACAUCGAUAAGGAGAUCCGCAAGAUCGGAAAACGUGAAGGGACCAUUGGAUCCAAAGGUUCGGUUUGCUGCGUACAGGUCGCAGUUAACUCUUAAACCUUUAUUUUUCGAAGUACCAUCGCAAGAUCCGGAUCCCCUUUUCAUCGGUCGUCAAUGGCUUAUAAAAAAAAUGGAAGAAAUAUUAGGAUCGAGUGAUCCCGGUGUUCUUCUCAUCGGUAAACCCGGAACCGGUAAAACCGCCAUCAUAUUACAAUUGGUCGAAUAUAGUUGUUUCGGUAGGAGAAAAGAUUUACCGCAGCAAAUUCAGGAUUCUUACAUGUGCAAUGGUAAAGAUAGACCUACGAUAUCGGGGUCGCAAAAUAUUUAUUGUCAAAUUGAUCUAGUCUCGGAAAGGAUCCGUCAUUUGUCUCAUCACGUUGUCGCUUAUCAUUUUUGUCAGUCUGAUAAUAAUAAUACGUGUCUCAUACCUGAUUUUAUACACUCUUUGGCGGCUCAAUUGUGUCAAGCACCUCAACUCAGCGCGUAUAAAGAUUAUUUACUCAGUGAACCGCAUGUUCAGGGUUCGAUUUCUUUAAAAGAAUGCAUAAUUAAUCCAGAUCUAGCUUUAAAUCGUGGCAUAUUGGAACCACUUAAAACGUUACAAAAAAUGGGUAAAAUACCUGGAGAAAAUUGUAUCAUAUUGAUCGAUGGUUUAUGCGAGGCGGAAUAUCACAAACCCGAUCACGGUGACACUUUGAGUCAAUUUCUGUCACGUUUUGCCACGCAUUUUCCACACUGGUUAAAAAUCGUCGGAACCGUACGAACUCACAUGCAAGAAAUAACGAGAGGAAUGCCUUUUCAAAAAUUGAGCUUGGAUAAACUUGUAGAAAAUGAAAACCUGCAAAAAGAUCUUUUGGAUUAUAUAAAUCACAGAGUGAACAACAGCAAAAACAUACAGAAUAACGUGACACCUGGUUCUAGUAAACAAGAUGGUUCCGUCGUAGUUGGAACGUCGACGCAAUCUUUAAAUCGUUUUUCCCAUCAUUUGUUAAACCUGAGUCAGGGUUCAUUUUUAUUUGCCAAAUUAACUUUGGACCUUUUAGAAAAAGGUCAUCUCGUCGUUAAAUCUUCCAGUUAUAAAGUUCUUCCAGUUUCUUUAGCUCAGAUUUUUCUUUUACAUUUUAAUCUUCGUUUUCCAACACUUCGAUCUUUUGAAAAGGUUAUGCCGCUGUUGAGCGUUUGUUUAGCCGCUUUAUAUCCACUAACACUUUUGGAAAUUUUUUACUCGGUCAAUGCUCUUUACGGAGAAAAAUUUUUAUCGUGGGAAGAAUUUCUAGAAAGAUUUCAGGUUUUGACUGAAUUUUUGAUAAAAAGAUUGGAUAACACGUACAUGUUCUUUCAUCCAUCCUUUCGGGAGUGGUUGUUAAAAAGAGACGACGGUGAAAGCAUUAAAUUUUUAUGUGACUCAAGGUUGGGUCAUGCUGCCAUUGCUCUAAGACUAUCGAGAGUUCAAUCUCCAUUAGAUUCGGAUAAAUGUUUGGAAUUGGGACAUCACAUACUAAAAGCACACAUUUAUAGGAACAUGACUCUCCAUAAAACAUUUCCGCGUGAUUUGCAAGCCUUUUGGGUAUGUUUAAGUGCGGAAAAUGCAUCGGCGUCUUUAGGAUCUCUCAGAAAUUUGUACAACCCAAAUGUUAAGGUAUCAAGACUGUUACUACUCUCGGGUGCUUCUCCAAAUUAUGCGACGGAAUUUUUCGGACAAGCUCCGGCACUCAUGAUUUUCGCUCAAGAGGGUAUCACCGAAAUGGUUUCGCUCCUUAUAGAAUUUAACGCGGAUGUGAAUUUAACAAACAGUCAAGGCUGCACGGCACUGACAUUAGCAGCUGCGAGGGGACAUUGCGAGGUGGUAAAACAAUUAUUGAAUGCGGGAGCUAACCUCGGUCACGGUGACACGGCAGGGCAAUGUCCUUUGGUUCACGCCGCAAGAAACGGUCAUUUAUCGGUGGUCAGUUGUUUGUUGGCUUGCGAUUGGGUCGUGUCCGAGCCCGAGGAUGUCGAAUUGAGAGAAGCUGCUCAACAAGCUUUGAUAGCUGCAUCGAGUCAAGGACACACAAACGUCGUCGAGUACUUAUUAGAUAUUUCGGAGGUUAAAGCGGACGAUUUGGAUAACCUUACGGGAGAAACGGCUUUGACCAUAGCGGCCGCUAAUGGUCAUUUGGAUGUUAUCACGGUGUUGCUACUUCGCGGAGCUAACGUAUCUGCAAUUAACAGAAAAGAAAAUUCUCCGUUAAUGUUAGCCGUAAAAGAGGGUCACUGGGAAGUUGCAGAAUUGUUGAUUCAACAUCAUGCGCGAUUGGAACAGAUCGACGUCGCCGGAAGAACACCUCUCAUGAUUGCUGCUGCCGAAGGACACGUGGCACUCACUGAAUUACUAAUUGAAAAAGGUGCAUCCGUUUUUAGAGAAGAUAAAGAAGGUUUAACAGCUCUUGGAUGGGCUUGCCUACGUGGUAAAAUUCAAACCGUUCACUGUUUAAUUGAAAAAGGUGCGGAAGUUAAUCACGCAGAUAAAACCGGAAGAACAUCCUUGGAUUUAGCUGCUUUUCAAGGGAAUCAAAAUUUGGUUAAACUGUUGUUAGAAAAGGGAGCCAUGAUCGAACACAUCGAUAUCAACGGUAUGAGACCCCUGGACAGAGCCAUCGGUAGUAAAAACGCACAAGUCGUUCAAGUUUUUUUAAAAAAGGGUGCAAAACUUGGUCCGGCAACUUGGGCGAUGGCUUCUGGCAAACCGGAAAUAAUGUUGAUAUUAUUGAACAAAUUAUUAGAAGAUGGAAACACUUUGUAUAAAAAAAAUAGACUUCAAGAAGCGGAUCUAAGGUAUCAAUACGCUCUCAACAAAUUUCCAUCCGAAUCAAUGGGAGAUUUUUCAUCGACUUUUCAUCAAUUGAGGAUCAAUUUUCUUUUAAAUCAAUCGAGAUGCAAAAGAAAAAUGAACGAUUACAAAGGAGCCAUUGAGCUGGCAACUCAAGUUUUAAGUUUAAAACCGGAUUCGUUUGAAGCAUUCUACGCUCGAGCAAAAGGAAGAAAAGAUUUGAAGUGUUACCCGGAUGCAUUGUCCGACAUUGAAUCGUCGAUACGAAUGGCUCCCUCUCACAACUACGAAGUUUUAUCCGUUUUGGCCAAGCUACGCAACGAAAUACAGGAGCAACUCGUCGAAAGCAAACAUCAAGCGAAGAACUCUCGGUAG